CGCCGAUGUAAGAAACAAACUGUUUUUUACAAUAACGAAUACACACAAUUUGAAAACCUAAAUAACUGUGAGGAAAAUUGACCACUUACCAACUCAGAUUAAUUGUUUGUGUUGAGUUAUCGCGUUGUGCCUAUUCGACUGGACUGGUAAACAUAGGGUUAUAUUGGAUGCAACAAACUCGGAAUAUAAUUUGUAAACAGUAACAGAAUACUGAUCUAUCAUGGAUGGGCGAGGUGUGGUCAGUUUGCCCGACUUUCGAAGAGAAAGCGGGACAUAUGAUGGGAAAGUGGUGGACUUAAGGUACGAGAGAGAAAAGAUGAUUAACCAACGGGAAAAACGUCUUGAAUGGGGGAACGUGCAGGGACUACAUUCACUUGCAGAAAAUGAUCAGCGCCCACGUGCCGUACAAAUUAUAGAAAACUUUAGCGGUUUGCAAGAACAAUCAAUGAUGGACGAAUUUGCAUCGCUCCUGUCAAAAGAAGACGAAGUUCAAUUACGAAAGGAACUUAAUACAGAAACGUAUGAAUUGGAUAGAGUUAAAACCUUAGGGCGAAACGUCUUUACGGCGAGUGCAAUGCCUUUCAGUUCGUCAGAAACAGUUGUUGCAGUACUUGUACGCUUCCUAUGUCGAAUGGAAGCCAUCGGGAGCCGGUUAAGUCGGAACAUGCGUGCUAUUGCUGUGGAGCGACACUAGAUCAAAAUAACUGCUGAAUAGUGAGAUUGUUAAUAAAAAUGUUGAUUAAAGAUAAUUACGAGGAAAAACACGUAUAAUAUCCAAUCAAAAUGACAAAGGGUUGAUUGUAGCCAAUGUAUAUUGAAAACGGAAGUUUUAUUUUCUUUGGUUCAUGUCUAUUUUUGUUUAUUUUACAAAUUUAGCAAUUGAUAGGAGAAUAUGCACCCUGAUGGUCUGGUCUUAUUGCGUGUUAAAACAAAAAAAAACUAAUAUUGUUUUUUUAAGUUCUUUUUAAACGGAAUCAGUAUACGCGAAGAAUGACUAUUGUUACGCACAAUUUUUAUCAAACACUUUAAUCAAACAUGUAUACCAAAGUUAAUGUUUGC